AAGUUCAGAAGGCACUUCAAGCAGAAUCCAGAAAUACGGACGUCCAUGGAAGGAUUGGGCAUGGAGAGAUCGGAUAUCAACCUCCAACAUAUUCACAUGAGCAGCUCUGGCAACAGGAGAACUCUUCAGCUGUCCUGCCAAACGUGCAGAUCCAACAGCUCGAGGCACGUGCAAAUGAGGAACAAUCACCCGGAACGGAUAACGCGCAACACCGUCAGCCACGUGAUUUCAUGCAACGGAAACAUGAUGUACAUCCGAGCCCAACAGAACAUAACCAAGAUGCUGCUCCUCGUAUCCUCAGUGUUCAUACUGCUGAACCUACCAAGCUACGUCAUACGUCUCUACGUAUUCGUAUGCUUCUCGCUGUGGGGCCAGGAAGCUCCUGCUUCCUUGUGGUGUCUGCAACAAUUCUUCAUGCUCCUCUACUACACCAACUUCAGCAUCAAUUUCCUCCUGUACUCAGUUUGCGGGAUCACCUUCCGUCGCUGCAUGUGUCAACUUGUGCGCAAGAAUUUCAAGCGUUUGCCUCGCUACCGCAUGAACCCCCAGCCGUACACCUAAACGGCCCGAAAGGUAACAAUUGGCAGACUCCCUGCUCACGAACGGAGAGAACUGAUAGCUGGACGUGGAUGACGACGAAAAGGCAGCUGGAAAAUUAGCUGCAAAUACAACUCUUCCAUAAUUAUUUAUAUGAUCUUGUUAAUUGUUACAUUCAUAAAGUAUUAAUGUAUACUUCUGUUACGUUCACUAACUGUCCAGAUUAAGCCUGACGACAGGAAAGACACUGAUUGCCAGGUUAUAGUUUUGUGAAUCUUGAAUAACUGCAAUGAUCAGCAAACUGAACACACCCAAUGAAGAAUAUGGUCGACUUAAGAUGCUGGAACAGAUCACAAAGAAAGCAGACUGUGCUAUGGUAAACUUAGUGCGAACGUUGAGAAAAAUGGUGCGGUAUCUAGAAACUGUAAUUACAGAACUGGAAAUAUAUAUAUUAUAUGUGUGUAAAUAUUAUAUUAUGAAGUAUAAAGAUAAAAAACGACAUAACGAAACUCAACACAGAAUUUUACAUGAAAGUAUACAAUGUACAUAUAUUAAUGUGAAUAUUUGUUCCAUUAUAGCAUACAGACAUACAGUCCUAUUACUUUAUGGUGACCGCCGAGUUUUGGCUGAUCAUGAAAUUUCGCCGAAUACACCCUGAAAAUAUUACCUCUUGGGGGACAUAUGGGUAGACUGGCAGGUGGAUAUGUGUUAGACAAUUCAAGUCAAGAAUUUUGCAAACGUAAAAUACAUUCAGAAUUUCUGGGUUCUUGAAAUUGUUCAAGCAUCCGGUAUUCUAGAAAACACGACGUUUUGGAAACAGAUAAAUUUUCCGAAACGUCGUAUUUCCUAUUUUCUACAACACCUGCCGACGGAAAAAGUAAAAAAAAAAAAAGCAAUUCUGAGUGUUAUACACUAUCGUUAGAAGCUUUUAGAAUCUACUUGUAAAAUCCAUUGAUUAUUAAAUGCUGCCACCUCAAAUAAAUUACAAGGAAAAUCUGCGAACACUAAAAGACUGACCCGUCUAGUGGAGCUCAGUGAAAAGAAAUGACCGGCCUAGCGGCGCAACAAUGAAAACCAUGCACGCUACUAAAUCAAUGAAUAAUGUGCCAAAUAAGAGUUUGUAUUUCCCAGCAUCUGUCACUGCAUCUUGUUCCGCCACUAAUAUAGAAGCUCAGUGUGUAACUUUCCGCCGCACAUUUUGGCUUCUCUCUCUUCAAGCGCCUACCAAAAACCGCAAUAAAGUAAUUGGAUACGUAUGUUCAAACUAGAUGUAUAACUAUUACAAUUGUUCAUAGAUUAAGAUUUUACUACAACACUAUAAAUAGCAUAUCUAAAGAAAAAAAUAAUAUCAAACACAAAACCAAAGAUUUAUGUUUUAAAUGUUCAUAAAUAAAGUUGUGUGUCAUUUUA